AUGCCCAAGACCCACCCCAGUAGGGCGGACGAUAAUGCUGUUCGAAUGGACCGGCCUGAUAUUCCGAGUGCAAAUGUUCCUUCUCAGUCGGGGACUGGGGCAAAGGAGGUAGAAGCAGCACGGAGACACAUAGACCAGGACAAGGCCAUGGGCCCGGAUGGGGUGCAUCCGGCAGUCCUGUGGCACAUUGCUGACAUCAUGGCAGGUGCUCUGGCUCAACUUUUAAAACGAUCCUUGGACUCAGCAACACUGCUGUCCGGCCGGACCAUGGUAGAAGUGGUGCCAAUCCACAAGUGUGGGUUAAGGGCAGCUGCUUCGAACUACCGACCAGUAGGCCUGCUUCCGGUAAUCCUGAAAACAUUCGAGCCUCUCCUGAUAAAGAGGUUCCUCAUGCGCAUACUGGAAGCCCUGCCAAAAGACCAGCAGGUUGUGAGAUGGAUCGAAGCGUUACUACACGAGUGGACGUCCCGUGUAUGUAUGGAACAGGAAACCUCGGAAUUGGCAGCACCCUAA